AUGGAGGGAAGUACUGGCGAAAAACGGCCAUCAGAAGCGACGACCAAUGACACUCCACAAACCGAAACACCCGAUGGCAAACGACCUGGUCUUGACCAACAAUUAGAUGAACUCUUUAGCACUGAUCCUUUAGCAGAGUUUGGUGGAGAGAGUUUGGAGUUGGACGCAAUAACUGAUGAUAUGAUAGACACACAACUGUUCUUAGAUGAUAUUCCAAUGAUGAACAUGACAUCAAAUGCCAAUGUCAAUGUCAGUAAAAAGUUCCCAACAUCAACAUCAACACAGUUUAGUGGUGGUGAAGGAGUGGACAUGAUAAAGUCACAUUCUAUGACAGAUAUACUGCGUAAUACACAGAUGCAACAUGCGUUUACAAAGUCAGGAUUGGGUCCCGGUUCAGGCUCAGGCCCAGGGUAUUUUGGUGGAGGAGAUAUUCUAAGGAGCACCAAUUCUCACACCAACUUGCCAUCUGCGGUUAAAGGAGGAGCAGGGGAUAAACCUGUUGAUGCCAGAAACUUAAAUGACGCACUUGCCGUUGCAGGUGUCGAUCUUCAACAAGAAGAAGAGCUUUUAGCACUGCUGCAACUCGAACGUAGAGGAGGCUACGAUAUACCUCGUGGUGAUUAUCGUAUGCCUAUGAGAAUACAGAGACCUCCUCAAACAUUUUUAUAUCAGGGCCAUUUGGCUGGAUUUAUGCAUAGGAUAGCCAAACAGAAUGGAGUGGCCCAGAACUUCUUUAUAGAGAUGGAUAUAUUGGAGUUGAUGCUGGCAUCUUGUGAAACAUGGCUUUCGAAUAUUCUUACCAAAACAGUUAUACAUUCUAGACACCGGAGAAGGAAUAUUGCAUCAACAGUAUCAUCAUCAUUGAAGCACCGUACUAAGAAUGUUCCUACUGUUGCCCGAUCCGAGAUCUCCCGAGAACUUCGGAACUUGGCCAACAAACAAAAGGAAUUAGAAGAAAAGAGAGUAUUAAAGAGAAUAGCUCUUGGAUUGGAGAAAAGCUCUGAGAAUGGCUAUGGUGACGAAGAUAACAAAGCUGGUGCAGAAGAAACAUUACAUCGAGCAGCAAACGCUACAGCCGCAAUGAUGACAACAGGGAAGAAAAAGUAUUCAUGGGCAACUUCUGGAGCUGGAAGUGAUGAAACUUCAAGUGAAAAGGAUGGGAAGGGUAAGAAAAGUCUAAUAAUAUCGCGUAGAGGAGAUAAUGGACUUCGUUUUAGAGAAAUUCGUACGGGUGCUGCUAUAACCAUGAAGGAUUUACUUACGGCGAUUGAAAAUGAAAGAAUAGGUACUUCCAGGGCUCUCGUUAAAGGCUAUGCCAAGUUGAAGGACUAA